GUGACCGUUGGGGGGGGGCUCUGACUUAGGGAGACCCCCCCACCCCCGAGGGAGUGACCGUUGGGGGGGGCUCUGACUGAGGGAGACCCCCCACCCCGAGGGAGUGACCGUUGGGGGGGGCUCUGACUGAGGGAGACCCCCCACCCCCAGGGAGUGACCGUUGGGGGGCGGCUCUGACUGGAAGUAGAGUGGGUGGGUCGGUAGGAGGGAAGACGCCGGCUCGUGGGCAGGGCCGCCCGGCUCGCGCAUGCGGCUGGGCAGGGCCCGGCAGAAGCGCUGUGAUUGUGAGUUUGGCGUCGUUUCCCCGGACCCCUCCCCGAUGCCCUAGCAGGACCCGGGCCCCUCAACCGCCCCGAGAGCUGCUGGCCGCGAGCCCGUCCUGGCCGCCCGGAGGCAGGUCCCUCGCCGCCUCCCGCAGAUGGGUCUAGGCUGGAGCAGCGCGGAGGAGCGGGAGUCCCUGCUACCACCACAGCCCCGGGGGGCGGCGGGGGGUCCCGUUGUGCCCCAGCUUCGGCGGGGCCUUACCCCUGCGGCGGCGGCGGCGCCCCGGCUGGUGCCGGUACUGAGCCGGGUUUACGGGCGGCGCUGGCUCGUGCUGCUGGUGUUCUCGCUGCUGGGCUUCGCGCAGGGCCUGGUGUGGAACAGCUGGGGCCCCAUCCAGAACUCGGCCCGCCUGGCCUUCGGCUUCUCCAGCUGGGACAUCGCCUUGCUCGUCUUGUGGGGCCCAAUCGGCUUCCUGCCCUGCUUCGCCUUCAUGUGGCUCAUGGAUAAGAGAGGUCUCAGGGUAACAGUGUUGUUAACAUCCUUCCUCAUGGUGUUAGGAGCCGGCCUAAAAUGUGUACCACUGUCAGAUCUAACAAUAAGAAAAAAACUGAUUCAUGGAGGGCAGCUGUUAAAUGGAUUGGCAGGUCCAACUAUAAUGAAUGCUGCUCCAUUUCUCUCCACUACCUGGUUUUCUCCCGAUGAACGUGCCACUGCAACAGCUAUUGCAUCAUCGCUCAAUUAUCUUGGUGCAGCAUGUGCAUUUUUAGUAGGACCUCUGGUGGUUCCACCUCCUAAUGGAACAUCUCAUCUUCCACUUGCAUCUGAAAGUAACUCUGAGCAUAUCAAGGACCGCAUUGAAGCUGUGUUGUAUGCAGAAUUUGGAAUGAUCUCCCUGAUAUUUUCUGCAGUACUAGCCUACUUCCCAUCACGCCCUCCAUUUCCUCCCAGUGUGGCUGCAGCUAGUCAGCGGCUCAGCUAUAGGAGAAGUUUUUGUCGGCUAUUAAGCAAUUUCCGUUUUUUGAUGAUUGCGUUAGCCUAUGCUAUACCAUUGGGUGUUUUCUCUGGCUGGUCUGGUGUUCUGGACUUGAUAUUAACACCAGUUCACGUCAGCCAAGUGGAUGCAGGCUGGAUUGGAUUUUGGUCCAUAGUUGGAGGCUGUGUUGUUGGCAUAGCAAUGGCAAGGUUUGCAGAUUUUAUCAGGGGCAUGCUGAAACUUAUACUUCUGCUGCUGCUAUUUGGAGCAACACUGGCAUCCACCUGGUUCACUCUCACCUGUCUUACUAGUGUCACUCACCUGCCUUUAACCACAGCUACACUAUACACAUCCUGUAUCUUGCUCGGAGUAUUCCUGAAUAGUAGCAUACCUAUAUUCUUUGAGCUUUUUGUGGAGACGUUCUACCCUGUUCCAGAAGGAAUUACGUGUGGUGUUGUCACCUUUUUGAGUAACAUGUUUAUGGGAGUGCUUUUGUUUUUUCUCACAUUUUACCAUACAGAGUUGUCCUGGUUCAACUGGUGCCUCCCAGGAUCAUGUUUGCUCAGCCUACUCCUUAUUCUUUGCUUCAGGGAAUCCUAUGAUAGACUUUAUCUUGAUGUCGUUGUCUCAGUUUAAUAGCACAGAACUGACAGAGUUUUGAGAGAGACUGGAAAUCGAUAUGGCAUUCUGCAAAUUGCUUGGAAUUGCACGGUUGUAUGGCGGAAAAAGCAAAGAAACUACAAAAUUUUAAAUGUGGUUUUACCAGACUAAGAAGAUAUUUUUUUAAAACAUCUCUUGACUUGAUCUUUAUUACUGACUUGAGAAACAGUGUGGUACUUCAGUUGGGAAUAAGAGUAUCCUAAAAUACACAAGUGGACUAUAUCUGAUGUGUAUAUUCUAAAGUCAGAACUGUGAUAUGUUAUUUAAAAAACAAUACUUGCAGCUAUUAAGUGUACAGAUUUUCUGUGCCAAUUCAAACCACUUAAAGAGAUGCCAAGGUACCAGUAAUCUUUCCAUCUUCUAUCAGAAUACGAAUAGUGAAUAACCUUUUUUAAAAAAAAUCUAUAACUUAAAUAGGUAACACAUUUAAAUAUUAAAAGGCCAGCAAACACAUAAGCUAAAAUGAUAUGGUUUUGCUGCACUACAUUAUGUUCUAAUAAAGCCAUUUCUGGUAAGACUUUGGUACCUGAGUUUUCAACCAUAUUGACUAAUCUUAGCAGUCCUUGCACUGUUGUUAGAAAUCUUUAACUUUCACUCCAGAACAAGUGUGCACUGAAUGAUGAGUGCAGUUUUAGUUACACAGUAGUUGCCACUAAAAGUCACCUUAGCUGACAGUAGCACUGAAAUUCUGCAGUUUUUCCAUAUGCUUAGAAUAGGAAAGAACAAUGGUAUCUCAGAUGUCUCUGUUGAUAAAUGUUGAUGAUGUAAUGGCCACCACUAUACUUCUCUUUCAUCUCCAGUGAAUUCUGUGAACCCCAAUUUCAUGCCACUAAAUAAUGUAGGUGUGUAGGGCCGAAUCCCCAGUAAGGUUAGUUUUAGUAGGUUUUGGGGUUUGGGCUGUAGUGCAUGUGUGUUUUUAAGAUUAGUUUACAAUUAUGGGUACUAAGUAAUGUUUUUUAAAUAUCCAGUUCUUUAAAAGUGGCAUUUUUCUGAAAUGUCUUUGGACUUUGUGAGGUGCCCUUGUUAGCAGCGAAGUGACACAUCAUGUGGAAUAUUUUGUUUCGUGAGUCCAUGAAUUUUGAAAUAACCUGGGAAGUACUGUGCCAAGCAGAAAAUUGUGGUCAGUCUGGCCCUUACUUGAACAGAGAUACUUAAGAGACUUUGAGUAGUUUUUUAACACAAUUUUAAACUGAUUAGUAAUUUCUGAAUUCUUAUAAUUCAUUUCAAAAAUAUUUACGGCAUUUCCAUUCUGAGUAUGUUCCUGUACUCUGUGUAAUGUGUGUGUGUGUGUGUGCGCACAUGUAUAUAUGUACAGAUGUGUGUGUGUAAUAUUUAUAUGUUGUAUAUAAUUAUAUAAUAUAUAAAUAUUGUAUGUAGCGUGUGUUUAUAGGUUUAUUUAAAAAUUAUGUCUUUGGAUGGUGGUAUGCCACUGUUUGAACUUAAGCUAUAAUUUCAGUGAAUGAAGGUGUACGCAUAUACCAACUGUGACAUGAGUUUUAUUUCACUGGGUGAAUGUCUUUUCUUAAUGUAGCUGUUUGAUAUAGAGGGAUAUAUACAUGUUUGAGGGCGUUGGCAUGUGAUGUUCUGCUUCAGUGAGAAAUCUGAAUCAAACGCACUCCACUCCUGUGAGGGGCUCUGCUCUGCCACUCCUGAGUAAUACAGCCACUGUAACUCAAAAAAAUAAAAGCUGAACUGUGCACUA